AUGGCCGACGUCGACUCCAUUGUCAAGGGCGCUCCGCCUCCGGGCAAGGAGAGCAAGGCCGCCGUCGGGACCACCGGCGUCGCCCCGGACGCCGGCAAGCAAGGCGAUCCUUUGAGCCACACCCCGAGCUCCCCGUCCAUGAUCUACCUCAACCUCCUGAUCCUCGAGGCCUCCCUUCGCGCCCAGUACCUCGAGCUCCGCGCCCGCCGUCGUCACCACACCUUCUUCUUCACCCUGCUCACCGCCUGGAUUUGCGGCUUCGGCUACGCCCUCUUCUUCGCCCCGCGCGAGGAUGGCCGCGGCGUUGGCGGCUCCGUUUAUUGGGGUGUCGAGACUUUCGAGAAGAUUUGCUUUAUGGGAGGCGUCAUGACCGCCAUCCUUGUGUGGGCUACCGGCAUCUGGGAGCGUGGGAUACGGUGGCCGCGCCGCUGGUUUGCGAUUUCAAACCGUGGCCUGCGCGGCUUCAAUUGCAAGCUUGUCAUCAUUCGCAGGCCGUGGUGGGCGGAAAUGGGCUCGACGAUUGGAUUCUUCCUGACAUACGGCCUCUUUUCCCACACCGCGAGCUCUUCCUACCGUUACGUUGAACCGUCUAUCCUGCGCGAAGUCGAGAAGGAGCUGAGCCUCACCGCCGACAACCAUCCCACGCUGCCGAUCCUAGUCGAAGAUGAAGAGAAGGGCGGACACGAAGAGGACCUCGCCCCCGGAGGAGACUACGUCAAGCUGCUUUUACUCGCGAAACCGUUCACGCCGACAUUCAGAGAGAACUGGGAAAUCUACCGCACGGAAUACUGGGAGAAGGAAAACGAGCGCCGCGCCCUCAUCCAGAAGAAGCUCGCCGCCCGCGAUCGCCAGGUCGCCAAGCAGCGCUGGGGUAUCUUCUGGUGGCUGCCCUGGCACCGCGUCGACCGCAUCAACCCGGCCGCGACCGCCCCCUCCCGCCAAGGCAGCGAAAAGACGACGAUCCACCCCCGCGCCGCCGCCAUCGAGCGCGAGCACAGGCGCCGGAGUAGUACCACCAGCGUCCCGCGCCGCAGCUCGACGAGCUCGGCACGCAGCCUGACGCCCUCCGUGGCAUCAGGCGCGGAAGACGGAGACGGAACCGUCAGCAGGAAAGCCAGCACGGGCUCCAACGCUUCCGAUAAGAGGAGGAAGAAGCUCGGGUCCAUGUCCAAGUCGAAGCGUCCCCACAUCGAGUCGAGAUCCGUCACCCCUGACAUACCCUCGCCCCUGGCCAGAGAGAGCAGCAUGACGCGGUCGGACAGCGGUUCUGGGGCCGAGUCCGUGGCCGAGAGGUCGUUACGGCAUUCGUCUUCCAAGGCUAGCAUCAGCUCUUCCGCCAACUCCGUGCGGGAGAAGCAGCGGAAAGGGCUAUCAACAGGCGAUGAUGUCAUGGUAGAGUUCCGCGCAGAUGCCGAUACCUUUGCCAAGGAGCCAAACUUGCAAGCCUCUCGGAACGACGGCGCCGAGCCGGAGUUCGACGUAGAGCCCAGUGAAAUCGAUUCGGUGAUAUCUGACACUGAGAGCAUCUGGUCAGACGAAGGAAGCAAUAGCUCGAUGUCUUCUGUCCAAGGAAUCGGAAUGCAAGCCUUGAGGGAGGUUCUUGCAGACCUCUUCGCCAAAGAGGCUGUCGUAGCCUCCGCUUUUGGGGCCGGCUUGAACACAGAGGGUGCCGGGGCAGAGAGAAUCGCGAAGGAGUUUCGUCAUGGGUUGCGAGACUUGGGUAAGGCAUUGAAGGGUGACUCUAGGACCCUGGAGCAGCGAACAUGCGCGAGUCGCGUCAGGAGAGAUGCAGCUUAUAUCACUGACAUCGUCAGAAAACGCUGCGAUCCUAAGUUCGAAUCUCCCCAUCUGCAUCUUGACAACGAUCGAUUGUCGAGGGAAGCGCUGCGACGACACAUCAUGACCAUGUGGAGCAAGAGCACGAAAAAGACGGAGAACUCACAGUCCGGACAACAAGAGUCCUGGGAGAGCAGUGACGACGACCAACUUGAUCCUGAAACGGAGAAGGCUCUGGCAAUGAGGAUGAAAGAAGUUGAGGGCUUCAUCUUGAACAGCAGACACAUGACGGCUUUGAGAGAGAGGCUUCAAGGCCUGACUAAUAUGGUGCUUCUACCCACCUCAGACAAUGUAGAGUCAUCGAGCACAUGCCGGUCGCCAAAGGACUUGUCUCUCUCCGAACUUAUCGAUAAGUGGCUCCCCCAAUGGUUCGACUUUCUUUUGGAAAUCCCGGCUCCUCCUAGUGUGGAACGUAUGAGAUGGACUUGCGGAUGCGGCAAGCGUCUAUAUGACGACUAUCACGGCCUCACAUCUGCUGAAUUGGAGAAGCUGAGGAUCUUUUUAGACAGCUCAGCCUCAUUCCACCAGGCUCAGUCGACAACUGAAACUCAAACAUCGACGGGUUGGAACUCUGUGCUCAGCUUCGUACCAAUCAAGAAGGACACUCAGCUGGAAGGGGCUGUCAACUGCCCCAUGCCCGGUUGGGGCAUCUAUUUCGAGGAAGGGUGGGAUAUUAAAACGAUAUGUGUUGUGGUAACGGUCCUCAUGAUCGUCACCAGCAUCGUGUUGGGGGUCACUUGGUGGAAGGUUGAGUCGGACUUCUCGGGCGGUUGGGGCGUGGCCAGUUUCUGCGUCACGGCGGCGACGUUGGUCGUGACGGUUUUGGUGAUUCUUGGAAAGCAGAGUUACUGA